ACUUCCGCAAUAAAGGAGGAGUCUGCACUGUCUGCAGUCUGCAUCUGCAUAACCAUCACUUCCUAUUUAGAUUCUAUGUUCAUCGUCCACGUGGGUCUUGCGACCCAUAUGUCAAGUGUUGCCUGAUAUAAUUUGCUUACGUGUAUUGUGUAGGUGGGCGAAGAUAAACUCUCUGUUUCAUGCAAGGCGUAUAUAUAAAGGGACUAAUUGAUAAUUUGUAAUUCAACACUGUAAACAGAUAAACAUGACUGUCAAAUUGAAGCUGAAGGAUGUGAAGGAUAAGCUCAAAGACGACACUCUGGAUCUCAGCUUAUGCGAGCUGGAAGAAGUACCUGUGCGAGAAAUCGCGUCUCUUAGAAAAGCUACAAAUGUAAAUCUGUCAACCAAUCUUUUGGUUUCGUUACCGACCACUUUUGUUACUUUAAAACAAAUUGUUAAAUUGGACCUUAGCAGAAACAUGUUGGUUGAACUUCCAGAAAAUUUUGGUGAGAUGACACAAUUAAAAUAUUUGGAUUUAUAUGCUAAUAAGAUUAGCAGAUUACCUUUGAGUCUAAGUGAAUUAAAAAAUUUAAGGUGGUUAGAUUUGAAAGAGAACCCUUUGACUGAAGCUGUGGCCAGUGUUGCAGGACCAUGUAGUAAUGUACGUGAAUGUCAAGUAUGCGCUCGUAAUAUUGUUACUUAUCUAUCUACUGUUAAAGUUGUCAUAGAGAAGGAAAGAUUACGUAGAUUAAAUAACACAGGUGAAACAGAAAAAGAAAUGACAAGUACAAAGAAGGAAAGCAAGAAAAAGAAGAAAAAGAAUGCAGAAAAAGAGUCCAAGUCAAACGAAAAUAAAAUUGAUUCUCAAACACAAAACAAGAGCUUUCAAGACAAUAAUGAUAAUGUAAAAUUGACAGGAUUACUGUCUGAUAAUAUGUGCACACAUAAAUCACACAAAUCUGCAGGCACUGGAUUAUAUCGAUCUCUUACUUGUGUGAUUUUAUGGUUCUUUAUAAUUAGCUCAUUACUUACUGUAAUAUUAGUAAUUCUUUCAUGGUAUUAUGAACAGGAAACAGAUAUGUUUCUACAGAAUGCACAAACACUAUCGGGUCUGCCAUUAAAACAUUAUCAUAAGCACACCACAGAUUUGUUGCAACAUGUAAUAAAAGUAACAACUGCCCAGAUUAAAGUGUUUGCUGAUAUUGUAAACAAUUUGUAUAAAGCAGAAUUCAAAAAUAAUAUAAAUAAUGCAGGAAAAGAAUUAUAGAAUCGAGGGACGCUUAUUUUUUUUUAUUAUGGAAAUUAGCAAAAUUAAGAUAUCUAUAUAUACAAUGCAUUGAAACAAUUUGCAUUACAAUAAAGCAUUUAAUAUUUUAUAUUAUAUCAUAAGAAAAGCUAUUUUUAUCAGAAAAUAAAUAAGAUUAACAAUA